UACUUUAUAACCCAGAUUGAGGGGACCGGGAGAAGGAUUCUUCAACAGAACUUCAGGGGGGAAGGUCUGCUCCCUGUAAACAUUCAGAAUGCCGGUCAUAAACGUCGAUGACUUGACGGACAAGGACAAGGCUCAGAUGGAAGUGACUCAACUGAAAACUGAAGUGAAGCUUGAGAGGUGGUUGACAUCUAAAUGUUGCGAGGAAAUUAAGGACUACAUCCAGGCCGGGGUGGAGGAGGACAUCCUGGUCAAAGGCAUGCCAGAGGACAAAAACCCCUUCAAGGAGAAAGGUGGCUGUGUCGUCUGCUAGACAAGACCUUUGGAGCUUUUCACAACAAAUCCUCAAACAUUAGCAUCCAAGGACACUAUCCCUCCCCUGAUAAAACAGAUUUGCAGACUGGAGAAGCCUAGAAGGACAAAACAAAGCCAGAGUUAAUAAAACUUGACGGGUUCCAUGUAUAUGAGUCCCCAUCUUCUUGCCAGUUUUGUAGCCUCAUUGUAUUCUUU